CUCGGCGGAGCUGCCUCCUCCUGCCUCCUUGGGAUUUACCGUCGGGAGAGGCUCGGGAAGGGCCCCCGCCGCCACCUCCUCCUCCUUCAUCAUCCUCCUCCUCCUCCUCUCCGCAGCCUUCCUCCAUCCUCCAUCCCCGCGGGCGGGCUCCGCACGCCUCCCUACCCCCCACCCCACCCCACCCCGCUGGAUUUUGGGGGUGCCACCGUGCCUGGGUGGGGGGGCUCGGCCACCCCCCGGAGCCGCGAUCCCCGCCGGUCCCAUGUGAGCUGAAGGCAGGGCUAUGCCCCUGGGGACACCGCGCUGCGCCCAGCUGAGGUGCCGAGCAUGAGCGCCGGCCCGAGCCGCGAGCCGCCGCGCCCGGCCGAGGUGCGGGUGCCCAUCACGGCGCUGCCACCGCCGCGCCGCCCGCCCGAGGAUGUCGGCUCCGGCUCCGGCUCUCCCAGCGGCUCCGGCUCUCCCAGCGGCUCCCCCGGCCGAGAGGCGCCCGCCGAGCCGGGCUCCGAGGAGGAGGAGCAGGUGCCUUACCCGGCGCUGGCACCCACCGCCUUCUUCUGCCUCAAGCAAACCACCCGCCCGCGCAGCUGGUGCCUCAGGCUGGUCUGUAAUCCAUAUCCUUUCCCUCGGGAUCACCCUCGGGACGCCGCGACAUCCCCGGGGACACCGCCAGAGCCCCGGGAGCCUCCCGGUGGCCGGAGCAUCCCGGCGGAGCCGCGCGUCCCCGCGGUGCCGCGGCGUGUCCUCGGCGUGUCCCCGCUGCCGGAGGGGGAACCAGGGGGGUUUGUGGCAGCGGGACACGCAGGGAGCGUGUUCCCGGUAUUCCCGGUGUUCCCAGUAUUCCCGGUAUUCCCAGCGUCCCCAGUGUCCCCAGUGCUGGGGACACGCCAAGGUCCCGCAGCGGCUCCGGGACGGGCAGGACGGAGCCGCUCAGGGGUGCGGAGCCGCGGCCCCACCGAAAUUCCCAGGAAGGAAGGGAACAGUGAAUCCCUUAAAUCCCGGCCGUUCCCGGUGUCCUUUCCCGGCUUUAGGAAUGUUAAAUAA